AACCCAACACUACUCAAACACAAAUCCAACCUAACCUAACCCAACCCCAUCUUUCUCUCUCUACAUUUUUCCCUCUCUAAAAUAAAACAAUUUUUAAAAAAAUAAUCUGUCCUCUUUAUAUACCUCUCUCACUGUCUUCUGAGUGUGAAUCCCUGUGUUCUUUUUUAUUUAUAUAGUGAGUGUUUCCAGUAGAGAGAGAAAACAUCCAGUAGUAGUUUUAGCAGUAGCACCAUCUCUUUACCCUCUGCUAUUUCAGAACUCUUUUUCUCAUUUCCUUCCAUUUCUAAAUUAUUUUUCUAAAUUUUAUUUUUAUUUUGUGCUCUUACAAAUUAAAAACACACACAAAAAAGAAAAAAGAAAAAAAAAAGAUUUUCCUUGGUUUGUUGGUGGGGGUUGAUAUGCAGCAGCACCUGAUGCAGAUGCAGCCCAUGAUGGCAGCUUAUUUCUCUUCUAACAACGUCACUACUGAUCACAUUCAACAGUACUUGGAUGAGAACAAGUCUUUGAUUCUGAAGAUUGUGGAAAGCCAGAAUUCGGGGAAGAUUAAUGAGUGUGCUGAGAACCAAGCAAGGCUGCAGCGAAACCUCAUGUAUCUUGCUGCUAUAGCUGAUGCCCAGCCCCAACCUGCUACUAUGCAUUCCCAGCAGCAGUAUGCUCAAAGCCAGAUGAUGCAGUCAGGGGCGCAUUACAUGCAGCAACAACAGCAGCAGCAAGCUCAAUCAAUGUCGCCACAGGCUUUGAUGGCAGCACGCUCUUCAAUGCUUUAUAGCCAGCAAGCAUACCCAACCCUUCAGCAGAGUCAAGCCCUGCAUGCCGGCCAAAUGGGAAUGAGCUCUGCUGGUAGCUCACUCAACAUGCUGCAAGGUGAACCUCACAGUGCGGCCAGCAGUGGUAUGCUUGGGUAUGCUGAUUUUGGGCGUAUCAAGCAGGACAUUGGCAGCUCUGAAGGGCGCGGUGGGACUUCAAGUGAUGGCGGUGAGGCACUCUACUUGAAGUCUGGUGAAGAUGGAAACUAAGAUUGUAGUAGCAUGAGCAAGCUAGACGGAGUUGCUAAGUCGGUCUUUAGGAGUUUAGUAUUAGUCAAGGAAGUAGUACUUACUAGUUACCAGGAAACAUGGAAUGGUUAAAAAAAAGAUCACCACUUAAAGGGCUAAAUUUUCUCUGAUGGAAAACAUUGUUGAGUUGCUACUCACAAAACCUCCAUCUUCUUGGUUCUUUUAAAGUGGUGAGACUCGGAAUCUUUUUAAGCGGUUUAAUUAUCAUGUAAAUUUGUAGGAUAAUAUUCCUAAAUUUUAUGUGCCUUUUUUAUUAGCUUCAUUGUCUUGCGACUUCUCCAA